CUUUCAAGUUUUUUUACUAAAUUAUGAAUGUUGAAAGUGAAAAGUCAAUUAAUUAUUGUGUGUAUCUUUUUGAUUGGUGUAUUAACUUACUAAAUGAUCACUGAAUAAGGUAUGGGCUUAUUGUAAUCAUAGCUUAAACUCGUGGUCACUCACGGCUCUGGUGAGUACUGAGUACUCAGUAGUGACGAGCUGUGUUUUUAAUUUGUGACAAAAGCGAAAGGAGCUCGGACGAACUGCGAUUAUGUACACACUAAACCAGUAGACGUUUCGAAAAGCACGUUCGCCAAUGUAUUUAAGAUAAUAAUGUAUUAAAAGUUUUGGUCGUCAAAUCUUUACCAAUAGUCAAUGGCUUGAACAACUUUUUCUAGUUGGAAUUUUAUUAUUUUACGAUGGAGUGCAAAAAUUAUUGUGUGAUAUUUUUAAUAUUUGCUGUUGCUAUAGUUCAAGCAGUGGGUUAUGAUACGGAACUAUUCGAAAGUCCUCCGUGCGAUAGUAAUGCGUGUUUUGAAACUCUUCAUGGGGCGCUUGGAGAUUGUUCAUGUAAUGUAGACACAAUCGACUAUUUUAACAACGUAAAAAUAUUUCCCCGAAUCCAGAGCUUGGUAAGCAAAGACUAUUUUCGUUUUUAUAAAGUAAACUUAAAAAAAGAAUGUCCGUUUUGGGCAGAUGAUAGUAGAUGUGCUAUGAAAUACUGUCAUAUUAAAACCUGCUCCAAAGAGAGUGUGCCUGGUUUUGAUGGCUAUGAACAGGAAUAUCUUGAAGAAUCUCCAGCAUUAAAAUACUCAGUAGAUGCAACUACACCCUGUGACAGAGAUUCUGAUCAUGAUCCUGAUUUGGGUUACCUGAACAUGACCAUUAGUGCUGCAAGUCAAUUUGAAAUAGCUAAAUGGAAAGCAUAUGAUGAUUCCUUAGAAAAUUUCUGUCAGUGUGAUGACAAAGAUGCUGAUGCAGAGUUUGUGGACCUUUCUCUAAAUCCUGAACGUUAUACAGGCUAUAAAGGUCCCUCUGCCCACAGAAUUUGGAGGAGCAUAUACCAAGAAAACUGCUUCCGUCCAAAGACAAAUCCAUAUCAAUCAUUCCCAUAUGUAUUGAGUUCCGAUUUGAGUAAUAUGUGUUUAGAAGAGAGGGUUUUUUAUAGAGCUAUAUCUGGUUUACAUACAAGCAUUAACAUCCACCUUUGUUCAAAAUAUUUGUUGUCAGAGAAAAAGAUAGGAUUUGCUGCACCACCUGAAGGAGAAUGGGGUCCUAAUUUGGAAGAAUUCCAGCGUCGAUUUGAUCCAUCCCAAACACAUGGUGAAGGACCCAAUUGGUUAAAGAAUUUGUACUUUUUGUAUUUAUUAGAAAUGAGGGCUCUCGCCAAAGCUGGGCCAUAUUUAGAGAGAGAAGAUUAUUUCACAGACAGCCCUAUUGAAGAUGAAGAGACAAGGAAUGCAAUAAAGAAUAUGCUAGGAGUUAUUUACUCAUUCCCAGAUCAUUUCAAUGAAUCACUUAUGUUUAAUGGUGGGAGUCAAGCUGCCAGUUUAAAGUUUGAGUUUAGAGAGCACUUCUUAAAUAUAUCAAGGAUUAUGGAUUGUGUAGGUUGUGACAAAUGUAAGGUGUGGGGUAAACUACAGACUCAAGGUCUGGGUACAGCUUUGAAGAUUCUCUUUUCAGGUAGAUGGGAUAGGGAAGGUGACCCAGGUCAAGGCAGGUUACCUUUACGGCACAAAUCACAAAAACGCCUUCAGAGGACAGAAAUUGUCGCUUUAUUCAAUGCAUUUGCAAGGCUGUCAAACAGUAUCCGGGAGUUGGAAAAUUUCAGGAGUAUGUUAAGUGGUAAUAUGGAGCAAGAGAAGAAGAAUAUAUUCGCCGCAUCAGGGCCCAGCAUGGAGAUAACUGAGAAGUGCGCUUCGGGAGGUGGUAAACCCAGAAUUUGGAGUUGAUUCUCUCGUUAGUGCGGAUUUCGUUUUACUUAUACAUGAUUUCUAAAAUGCAUUUUUCGUUUAGAUUUGAUAAGGCUGGUUACACAUGGCUUAUGUCUGUGUCCAAAUAUUUUAAAAAAUUUUUGUGUAUGCAGGCUUAUUAAAGAUCAAUAGGGUUUAAAUUAUUGUGUGGUAAGCAUAAUUUAAUCUUCUCUAUGAUACACGAGUACUACACGUUUAAAUAGAAUAACCAUAAAGCCUUGUGUGAACGUUGUAAGCGAUGUAAGCGUUACCUAUUAAAUUAAUAAAUACGCUUUUACGAACGAAAUUACUUGAACAUAUAAUUAGGAGAUUUUUAGUUCGUCUGUCGUUAAUCUCAGCAAUUACAAAGCGCUUGAGUUUUUUCGUUAAGUUCAGCUCAGGGCUAUGGUUAUUCAGAGAACUAUCAUAAAAGCGGCAUAUACAGGUUUGAUAAUUGUAAUUUUAGUCAAAUUCCGCAUAAUUGCUCAUAUAGUAUCAUCUAGAACUCUAGACAAAUCAAAUAUAUAUAAAAAAAUGAUUCAUAAACGUGCUGUAAUCGAAUAGCUAAGAAAUGUUAUUCAUAUAAAUGAAACAUUAUCUGACAAAUCACAAAACUGUAAUUGCGUAUAGUACGAUUGUGAAUAAGUGUUACUCUACAAUCUACCAGCAGGGUUACUCUGUAAAAUUUUGACUGGAAUUCUAACAAAGUGCCUUUUCUAAUUUUUGACGUCAAGUAAACACAAGAUGUUGUUUCAAUAUCGUAUUGGAAUACGUGGUACCGAAACCUGAAUAUUGGCUUCAAUAAUAAAAGUUACGGAGUAAUCCUGCUUGCAGCUUCAAUUAAAAUCAUUUUUAGUUGUUCGAAUUUGAGUUUCAAAAUAAUUUUGAAAGUUUUAUACAUUUGUUUUUAAAUAUAUUUGUAAAUAGCUAUUUAUUUCGUAAUCUGUUUAUUAUUUUGCAUCACAUAUAUUUAUUUAUCACCCAGUGUAUAGGCAUUGAUAGGUUUCAUUUAUUUUUAAGUUAUGUAUAUAAUUGUUAGGUAGUUUUAAUAGGAUUCGAUUUAUAAAUAAGUACAUUUUGUAAUGCGACUUUGCUUUCACAAUGUUUGUAUCUGACCGAAUUAUGUUUUUUUUAAUUAAAACGAUUUAUUGACCAACCCAAACCUUAAAUAAAAAAAAAUAGACAAAAAUUACUGACUCUGGCGACCAGAGACACAUUAAGGCGGUUGUCCACCGCCGCCAGGACGUCACUGAAAACGAGAUGACGGCGCCGAUUUAGCGAUACAUACAUUUAAUUUGGCCUUGUGUCCACUGCACACGCGUCAUCCGAGCGCCGACUUCCCGGCCGCCGAGAUUCGAGUAGAUCGGCGUGGCAUGACUGCUAGAACUCGGCUCGGUGGAUACAUGAUCGCCGUCACGUCAUUUUAAACUCGGCCCGAAAUAAUCUCGUUCUCGGUGACGUCACGGUGGCGGCGGCUAAACGUCCUAAGUUCAAUUACCGAUACGAGUUUCUUUUCCGCGCGAUUCCAUACUACGAGAGAGCGAUAUCGCAAUUUCAUACAAAAACGUCGACUUUUGUUUCGCUGUUGCUUUUGGAAAUAAUAGUGUAAGGGUGCAGGCGUGUCUAUUAACCUAUCGGAAACGUCUUUCUCAAAGUAUUUUUAGUUUCGUUGUAGAUGAGUAUGCUAGAAAAGUCAAUAUGUAUGAAAAAUUUAAAAAUAAUCUUUUUUACUUAAUUUAUCAUACUCUUUUGAGUGAAACGUACAAAUAAUGGAUUUUUUUCGUAUUACAAUUUAAAAAUGCUUAUCAAACACGAUAGCGUGAAAAGUACACGGGUUUUUAAUUGAACAUGUCACAAAAUGGCUGGCGUUAUUUUUAUAUAGAAUUGAAUUUACUUGGAAUUAGUACCUUAGAUAUGUAUAAAUUUGUAUCUAGAUUCUGUAAAAGCCGUUUUUUUUAUAUGUAUAUAAAUUAUCUACGGAAUAAUCAUUGUUUAAUGAGUUUUUACUACACAAGAACUAAUUAAAUUAACUAAUAAACAUCCUAAAUCUGUGAUCCCGUACGAAAUAGUGGAUUGUAAAAUGUAUUGUACAUACCUUUUAGAUACAAAUGUAUAUAUGUAAGUACGUUAUUAUAGCAAACUAAAUUUUUCGAUAAUCGUUGUGUGUCACAAAUAUUUUUCUUAUUUUAUUUUAUGAAAAUUGUCUCAUUCUCUAGUCAGAGCCAUGAUAAAACUAUUUGAUACAUACCUAAGCAUAUUAUUUUUUAACAAUAUUUGUUUUUGACGAAAUUGUAACGAACAUUUUAAUCAAAUCAAGUUGUUUUAUGGUUUUGAUGUGGUUUUUUUGCGAACGUUCGCGUGCGUAAAGUUUAUUAAUAUCAUGGCGACGAUACUUAAAAUAUGGAAUUUAUAACGACUUGUACAAAUAUUGAACUAAUUUAUUUCGUGUUUAUUUAAGAAUAAAUGUAUUUUCAUGGUUAAGCAUAUGUCUGUGAUUAUUAAGGUCUGUUAUUCAUGACAGUUCGUUUUAAUAAAUGUUUUAUUUUAA